CUGUGCGAAGCACGCAGGUUGUGUUCGUGAUUCUUUUCAUUUUUCUUAGCGAAAUCGGGGUUUUGUGUAUGAAAGUUGUAUUCUAUCAUGUCGUCUAAAAGAAAACGAGAAGAAGGUGAUGAGGUGUUAGGAUUACUGAAAAAGCUGGGAGAAAGGAUGGAUAAAGUGGAAAAGAAUCAACGCCAACAGCGUAAAUCAAAACGCAGUCGCCGCCAUUUUUCCCCGUCGUCCGCUUCAUUAUCCUCGAGAUCGAUCGAUCGUUCUCGGUCACGCAGUCGUCGCACUCAUCGCCGACUAAGUCGGAAAAGCCAGCGGCGGCACCGGUCGCCGUCCUCCACCGACAAUAAUUCGGAUUCGGAUAAAAAUUCGGUCGACCUGAUUGACAUUGCCUCAUCAGAUUCAGAUAGAGGCGAUUCUAGAGAAAGGGGCGUCAAAAACCAGAAAAAUCGACUGCAAAAGCAGCAACCUUUGCCUGAUGGCGUUAGAAAUAAUGUUUUAUUGGAAAUAAAUCAAAACGUCGUCCAAGAUCAGGCAAGAGGAGAUCAAGAGGAUAUGCCAGUGUUGAGGGAGGAGGUUAGAACGAUACUGGUCAAAGAUGGUGCAAGGAAAAAAGAGUUUUCUGCUCCAAUCCAUAAUGACAUAGCGAGUCAUUGGUCUAAUAUUCUGACUAAUGGAUGGGACACAAGCAAUAAACUGGAUAUAAAUAAUAUAGAUAUAAUAGAUAAAUAUCUGCCCCCCGAAAAUUGUAAAGAUUUGGAGCCACCUAAGAUAAACCCGGAGGUGAAGGCCGCUAUAUCUGAGCCGGUCCUUAAGAGAGAUGAAAGGCUUGUUCAGUUCCAACAGCAAGCUGGAGCUGCUUUGGUUUUGGUUGGUUCAGUAUUAUCCAACAUGGUGAAAGAAGAGGGGGAGGGCAAUAAAGAAUACAUGGCAAGUUUAAGUGAUGUAGGCCGAAUUUUAGCGGACCUACAUUAUACUUAUUCCAUUUCAAGGAGGGACCUUAUUAAAUUGACUUUAAAUAAGGAUUUAAAUGAGGUUCUUACAGCAAGUCUUAUCCAAGAAGGGCUGUUAUUUGGUUCUGACUUAGAGGGAAGAAUUAGAGCAGCCAAAGAAUUAAAGAAGUCGGGACAGCAACUGAGGCCUCUUAAGAAGUUAACUCAAAAAGCUAGAACAAAGCCUGUGGGUUCUAAGGCUUCAACCUCAGCCUCAACCCAGCAGGAAAACUUUUACCGUCCAGCCCCGAGUUACAGAGCCAGGAGGGCGACUGGACAACGAGUUCAAUUGAAGGCUCAGACAUCAACAUCAAUGAACAGUCGAUACUACAGAGUUUCCAGCCAAGGUAAGAGACUGCAAGGAUCUCGUCCACUGGACAAGAGGAGGUAACUCAUCAGAAUUCCGCACCCCAUGUGGAGAAACCUUUCCCUGGUGGCCGGGAGGUUAUCAGGGAAGCUCUAUCAAGGCAAGAUAUUCCAGAGAGUUCAAUAAACAUUUGUUUGUCAUCUAUUUCCCUCUCCACAUUGAAGCAAUA